AUGUUGGGUUUCACUCUCCGGCUCGGGUGGUCGAUCUACAGAGCUACUGGGAAAGCCAAGACGGCGUUGGAACGGCGCAUUUGGCAUACCCCUCUUCCCUCGCCGCAGCCCGAAGGACAAGAUGAUCUCGAGCCACCCAUCUCGCCCAUUUCCAUGUCCUCGAUGGACUCGUUGCUCACCAAGAACCUCAAGACCGAUGUGACCAUCAACGAAGUGAUCGAGGAGGAACUCGUUCACGCGAUCAUCUUACCAAACUACUGCGAAGACCUUCAUACACUCGAGACAACCCUCAAAGUGCUGGCAAGCCACCCACGGGCGAAAUCACAAUAUGAGAUAUACCUGGCCAUGGAGCAAAAGGAAACCGAGUCCUCGGACAAAGCGGGCCACCUGGUCACCAAGUUCGAAAAGUCUUUCCUUCACAUCUGCAGUACAUUCCACCCAUCAGGUAUCCGUGGUGAGAUUGCAGGGAAAAGCUCAAAUGUGGCAUGGGCCGCUCGUCGUAUCGUGGAGAUUCACCGCACCGAUCUGAACGAGGAUAAUUGCAAUGUUGUGGUCACUGUCAUGGAUGCCGACACCCAUCUCUCUCGCGACUAUUUCACCGAGAUCCGUCGACUGCAUUACGCCCAUUUCAGUGAGGCGGAUCGCUCCCUUUACUGCUGCCCCAUCAUCUUCGAUCGCAACUCUCACGAGAGCCCCGUUCUCGUCCGAUGUGCAGAUCUGCUUUGGGGCUUUGCCGGGCUGUCCACCAUGUAUCCGGGAACCAUGAUCUCCAUCCCCACCUCGGUAUACUCGCUGCCACUCUCCCUCGCCGAGAAGGUCGGCGGAUGGGACAGUGACCCGACGGCCAUUGGCGAGGACAUGCAUAUGCUCUUAAAGUGCUACUUUGAGACAGCAGGUAAUGUCAUCUCCCGCGUGAUCUACGUCCCCGCAAGCCAGUGUAACGUGUCGAGUGACCGUGGACACGGCUGGAGACGAUCCAUGGACACUCUGUUUGCCCGAUAUCGCCAGGCUCUCCGCCAUAUGUGGGGAGCUCUGGAUUCGGGCUUCGCGGCUCGUCGUUCGCUGGGCUACCUCCGGUUCCACAAACGAUGCUUAUUCCUGCGUCCGAGACACUUUGCUCUACUGGAACUGUUAUACGAGGCUCACUUCCUCCCCUGUCACUUGACCAUCAUCAUGCUGUUCUCGGUGAUAUACACCUUCUUGACCCCCGCGUCCCAGCUACAUCCAACCCUGGCAUGGGCAUUCUCCGUCACUGACAUCGUGCGCGGAAUGUCGUUCGUGGGAAUGAACAUUUGUCUGGCGCUGUAUGAGCGGUGGCACACUCUCUGCCUCAAUGCUCGCAUGCGCGAUAUGCAGGAGGCCAAUCUGCCUGAUACGGGCUGUUCCCAGCGUAUCUGGUGGAAGCCGCAGUACCUUCUCGAUCGCAUCGCCUUCCCCGUCGCAGGUACCCUCUUUGGUGCCGUUCCAACCAUCCACGCCGUGUUCGCUCAUUUCUUCACCGAUCGCUUGGUGUAUCGGGUCAGUAAGAAGCCAACCUUUACGGACUUAGUGGCGAUGGCAUGA